AUCACCGUGCCAGACCGAAACUUGCGUCUGUGGCACAGAACUACAGAUACCAGAAUGUGGUAUUUGAUGUUAGGAGACAAGGGAGACACUGUCACAUUGCUGUCACUACUGUCCAGUGUCGAUGUCGAUUGUCAUUGUCUAUUGUCAUCCGUCAUCUCGAUUGAUUUGUUUGUAGUGGUUUGUAGGUUUGUACAAAAUUUUGGGCAUUGUAAAAAUUGUAAACAAAGAAAAAUGGAAAAUCCAGAGGAAAUAUUGCACAGUUUAGAAGAAUUUUCGAAAAUGAAACCCAAGGACAUCCCUAGAGAACUAGAAGAGUAUUUGUGUUUCGUAGCUAAGACUGGUAACCCAAUUUAUCAAUGGUCUGUAAUUAAAUGCCUAAUCAGAGAAAAACUUCUCAAUGUAAUAACCGCAUUUAAUGAGAAGUGCCGCAGGUUCGAGAUACCGCCUUGCCCUAAUGUGGAAUUAUUCAACUAUGAUAUGAUGAAGAACUUCAUACUAGAAAAACUGGACACAUUCGCAUCAGCCCCAUUCACAAUUCAGAGGAUUUGUGAAUUGCUAACCACGCCUCACAAAGAAUAUGCUAUGAUAGACAAAUACAUGCGAGCUCUUGAAAAAAAUAUUCUAGUUGUAAGCACCACUGAACCUGGACGACGAUCCACAGAAAAUGGGGAUGGAAUCAUGAAUGGUGUUGAAUCUGUACAUUCAGAACAUUCGGAGCAUGUACCAGAGAGCAGUUCAAGCCAUGACAUCAAUAUUGAAGAUAUGGACGAGGCUCCAAGUUGGCCUAAAACUGAGCAAGAAGUGGCACCCUCAUUGUUUGAAAGUAAUAAGAAUGAUAACCUAGUGAAAUCUGAGGAGUCUUCAGAAAGUGAGCUUGAACCAAAACAAGAAAUUCCAUCCAGUAGUACUGCUGAAGAGCCCCUAAUUGAAACCCAAGAGACUGUUAUAACCUGUAGUAGUUCUGAGGAGCUGGUGCAGCCUUUUAUUGCUGUUGAGACAGUGUCAAUAGAAACUUGUGUAGCAUUGCACCAAGAAAUUGUGGAGGAAAUUCUGCCUGAAGUUGCAGUAACCAUUACAGCCAUACCUGCCAAUGUUCACCAGAGAAGAUCAAGCAUAGAGAGGAUAGAUGAAGAUAAACCAGAAAUAUUGGAACAAAUUGUAGAAGAACAAAGUGUGCCUGAGGAACCAAAACUUGUAGAAAAAACCCAAGAGGAGGUUAUCAAAGAGGAAAUAGUUGUAUCCUUAACCUGCCCUGAAACUACUAUUGAAACCUCACAAUCUGUUACUGAAGAUCCUCUAGAACAGUCAAAUUUGGUAACAGAAGAAAUCAACAUUGAAAUCACACCCUUGAAAGACAGUGAAUCUCUGGAGGAAGCUCCUGAAGCUCCUGCAGUGUCUUCCUGUUCAGAUGAGGUGGAAAUAGACAUGUCAGAGGUCAUUGAAACAACAGAACCCAUCGAAAGUGAGGAAAACGAAGCCAAGGAAGCUACAGAUGGAAAAACAAUAGUGGACAUUCAGGUCCUACAAGAAGUACUAGUACCUGAAGAGGAACCCACAAGUUCAGUGGUUUCUGAAAAUACUGAAGCAGACAAUGUGGUGGACAGCUCUACAGAUCAGAAAGAGGAAGACAACUCUGUGAAGAUAGAAGAAACAACAAUGAAAGACCCAGAAAAGCAGGUGGUUAGCGAGAUACCUGUACCAGAAGUUAAAGUUACUGAACCAGAAGACACCCCCAUGGAUGUUGAUGUGGUGAGUGAGAACAAGGAGAAAUUGACAGAAUGUGAGGAGCCUUCAUCUUCCAUGGAACCCUUCUUAUAAUAUAGGUAGCAUAAUUGAUGAGAUUUUUUUUCAAAAUGGAGAACUUGACAUGUAGGAGAUUUUUUUUCCAUAAGUAUAGGAAUUCCUGUUAGGUUAUAAGAGGUUUUUGCAUUACCGAGUUUUUUAAACUAGUUUUUAAUGAUAUUUAUGUAAUAAGAUUCCAAUUUCAAUAGAGAUGCAUAAUGAAUUUUUUCAAGUGUUUUUUUUGUGGAUACUACCAUUUAUACAUAUUUGUAAGAAGCAAUGGCAAUACAAAGUUUGAUGUAGAUUAAGGCGAAUUUUUAACCACUGAGACAACUAUGGCAUACUAAAUACAUAACUACAAAAUAUUGUUACUUCCGCCAUUAUGAAAUAAUUUUAGGAAACUGGAAAAAUAUUCAGGAUGAUGACAGGUGCAAUUUAUAUAAACUAUAAUCAUCUAUGAUCUUUU